UGUGUAGAUCUUUUGUUCACUGGUGACACUUGGCAUUGUUGCUUGAGCUGAUAGGAACUGAAGUGUUUCUAUUUCUGAUUUAAAUUAUAUCUCAAAAUUAAUUUUCCCAUCAAAGCUUCUUUGGCUAUGGAGUCAGUUUUCUGACUUCAACCUUCAUGCAUAAGGAUGUGAUACAAUAAUCCUAAAGAAUCAUUUUUUGUUUCACAUGUAACAAUUAGGUAUUGUGAGGUCUUGUCAUGUUAAGUGGUGUAAAAAGUAUUCUAAAUUUCCAACAAACUUAUAAGUCUGGUUUUUAAGAAACAAAAAGCAGUAGAAACAAAAUGUUAAAACAUAUCUACCAUUUUUGGUCAAGCCAAUGAGGCAUAUUGGGACAAAAAUGGAACAAAAUGUUCCUUUUAAGUUUACAUGUACUAUGUACAGGAUACAGAGAAGCAGUGGUGAUGUACUCUUGUCAGUUUAGCCCACGACUAGAGCUUUGGAGUUCUCACUAGAAUCAGAAAAUAAAAAAAUACACACAAAUGCUAAUGUUUUAUACAUUGGAAUAUGAAAGUUAAUUGUAGUAACUUGAAAAAUACAUUACAAUAAUGUAUUACUGCUUUUGUUAGAGGGCUUUGUAGAAGAGAAACAGGAUAGAAGAAGAAUUACUUCUAGCAAACUAGCACUUUUACAGCCAAUGGUCUGUAUGUAGUGUGUCCUUGUAUAUGUAUAUAAUGGACACUGACUACAUUCCCAUGGACCUAUCUAAUAACACAGGGGCUGAAGAACAUUCUGAAUUCAGAGACAUUGAAGGAACAGAUGUAAAAGACAUGAGACUGGAAGCAGAAGCUGUUGUGAAUGAUGUCUUGUUUGCUGUUGGCAACAUGUUUGUCUCUAAAAGCCUCCCUUGUGCUGAAGAUGUGGCCUACAUCAAUGUUGAAACUAGAGAAAGGAACAAAUAUUGCCUUGAGCUUACAGAAGCAGGACUAAGGGUGGUUGGUUAUGAUUUUGACCAAGUAGAUGAUAAUGUACAAAAUCCCUACCAUGAGACUGUCUACUCUUUGUUGGACUCCAUUAGCCCAGCAUACCGAGAAGCUUUUGGAAAUGCCUUACUACAAAGACUAGAAGCUUUGAAAAGAGAUGGACAGUCAUGAUUGCAUCUGCCAUUGAAACAGGCUUUAGCGAAAGGAAGGAAGGAAAAUUGCUGCUGGUCAGAGUUUUGAAUAGGUUGUACUGAGAUCCAAUGGCAUGGGGAAAGACUUCCUUAGCUUGCAUUGUUUCUUUUCAGUAUUCCUUGUGCCAUGAAUUUUAAUGGCAUCAACUUGUAAACUGUACCAUUGAUACUGUUGUUCUGAGUAAAUCCUCCAACUUACUUUUAAGGUGA